GCUUGGCGCAGCCUGUGAUCAAACGCUCGGUGGAACUGAGCGACCUUCGGCGCGAGGCGGCCGAAAGCACUGGGAAAUUCUUUGAUCGGUGCCUGAAAGGACUUCCUCGGGGUCUCUCUGGGCGUGAACGGGUUGAGCUGGCAAGCAGGGUCUACAUCUUGGUCCGUGACUUCGAGGAUCGCGUGUACAACCCUGUCAAGGUCUUCCAUCGCUGGAACGAUCUCAAGCCCUUGUGGCCAGGCCGGGCAACCAGCUUGGCGAUUCCAUCUUUGCGGGCUGGCCGCAGGAUGCCUGAAGGAGGCAGUGGAGAGGCGGAGCUCGAGCCUGCAGGCCUGGCUGAGCUCUUUGUCUUGCAACGCGAAGGCCUGGACUUUAAUUAUCCUCUUGUGUUGGCCCGCCGUCGGGUUGAAGAAGGGGAUGCUGAUUGGAUUGCAGGGAUUUUGAUUGGCGAGUCUGACAGUGGAGCUGUUAUCGCUGCUUUCCCUGGGGCUGCUUGGAACAGGCAAGCAAACCGCAGGCGUCUGCCGACAGGCGCUGUCCAGUACCCAAAGAGCUACCAGGUUGCCGUGGUUGGGCCCGAGAACCGUGAGGAGAAAAUUGAGGACGUCACCGCAAAGGUGUGGAUAUUCAAGCUUUCUCCUGAUUGGCCUCUCUUCCUUGAACUCCGUGCUGCUGGGGAUUCCGAAAUCGAGGUGGCCAUUCCUUUUGGCAAAGAUCUUGGCGAGGGCUUGGAGGAUUGUGUUCCCUUCGCCCCUGACUUGCAGACUGUUGCCGAGGACCGCUACGCCUUCCAGAGUGCUGUCGAAGCUGAGCCGCGGCCUCCUGAGCCAGCAAGUCUAGACGACAUCGCUUCGAGGCUCCCAGCUCUAGCCGAUCGACUUCCUGGACAAGAACCGGAGGUCGCAACACCAAGGAGGCAGUCUGCCUUGAGACCGCCAAAGAGGGGGGCCACAGCCGAACCAAAGCCGCCUCUGGAAGGUCUGGAUCCUGCUGUAGUGCAAGCCGCUCGGACUGCUGGAGUUCCGGAGGACCACUUGAAGGAGAUGGCGGCCACGGUGGGAGCAAACCGGCCAAAGCUCUCAGAGAGGAGCCGGGAUGUGCGGCCCCCCGUCUUGCCAAAGCGCGACCCGAAUCUGGACGAGACCGAUCUCGAGGACGAGGACGAGCCCGAGCCGGCGACUUCAGGGUCAGACCAGCUAGCCGUCGCCAUCGCCAAGCUCACCAGCAUAGCGGCCGACGCGAAGAACCGAAACAAGGCGGACACCCUGGAGAGCAUUCUCGACGGUUCUGGGUCAGCAGACGCUUCCAGCACUUCGGGAACUUGCAGGAAGAACGUUGCGAUCAUGAGGGCUCUGAGGGCAGCUCUGCAGGACAAGCCCAAGGAGCUGGCAGACGGCAUCCUCGCUCGUGUGGCCGAAGAUUAUGGGUGGCGGCGAGCUUUGCCUGGAGGAGACCGAAUUCCCGUGACGGCGCAGAAACCGGACGAGGCUUUGGCAAGGUCCCUUGUGGGGCUAGCUGCCGUCGAGCAGCUGUCUCUAGAUCGAGGCAGCUGGACGCUAGCCGAGCCAAUGCUUCUCGAAGAACCGGCUCCGAUGGCAAGCUUUUCGGGGCGUCAACUUCCGACGGGCUCCGAACUUCCCUUUACCAGGCUCUUCGACAGCCGGGCUGUGGACGCGUUGGUGAGCCAAGUCAAGGACAUCGACGACUACCUGGAGCGGCGCCGAAAACUUGGAAAGAGGAAUUCGAGCUCGACAAUUCAAGCCGAGGAAGAGGGCGAAGAAGGCGAGAAGCAGAAGCCCCAAG